AUGAGCGAAACCAAGAAGUUCAAUUUGGAUAUUAUUGUGAACAAUCUUCAUCUAAAUGAAGUAGAUAUUGACGACGAGAAGAGGGAUGAAGACGGGGAUGAUAAGCUAUUCGUUGAAAUAAACUUCGAUGAUAUUUCGUUUGAUGUGGCGAGCAGCAGAAUUAGUAUUAAUAAUUUUCGUGACGGACGGAGCAUUGAAUUUUCAGGAACAUUAAAUGAAUUACGUAAUAAAUUUACUCGGAAUUCGAUAAAGAUUAAACUCUAUGAAGAAAUUAAGGAUGAAGUACAUUUAGUAGGCGAGGUAUCCUGUUUGUGGCCAAAAGAUUUAAUUGGUCAAAUAGGAACUGGCAAAUUUGCAUCCGUACCUUUCCAUAAAGAAUGUGACAUCAAACUCGAUGGAAGAGUCGUUGGAAACCUAUCGUUAGCUACUAUGUUGCAUAUCAAAUGUGAGAAUCCAAGGGAUAUGGGAGAGCCACCCGACCUAAGAUUUGAUAAGGAUGGAAACUUGAGAGUUUUCAACAACAUUAAAAAAGAUAUUGAUGAAAAGGACAUAUUUUUUGUAGUGGGAUCGCACCAGCCGAUCCCUGUUGUAUCGUCAAUGAAUAAUGUAAACAAAAACGAUGAUAACUUCCCUCUUCGGCUCAACACGGAGCGUUUUAUGGAACUGAGAGGUACAGUAGUACCCAACUGCAAAGUAAUGGAACAAUUAAGUUGCUCACCCCCUCAUCAAGAGCCGGCAACAGAAGCUCAAGAAGCAGCAUCGAGAGCACCGAAAACUGAUUGUAAAAAUGUUUGCCGAAAUGUUUUGGAAAACGCUCUUAGGAGACCAGAAUCCGAUGGAGACUCUGAGAAAGCUGACUCCGAUACCGAUUCAAGUAGAAAUCCAUGCCCAAAACAGACCCGGCGGAAGUCAGUUUUUCGUGCCAAAGAUCCUUUCAAUUGUCGUUCAAUUCCACUGACCACAGACUCCGAAAAUGAAAAGCUAUCGAAACACAGUCCCCCAUUACUACAAGAAUGCUUCAACAGAAUAGGGACUGCUUUGGAGAAGCAAAAAGCUGAAUUCCCAGAUUUGUCAGAUAUACCACCACUUCGAUGCCCGAAGUGUUGUGUGGACCGCACAAACCAGCCGAUAAAGGCUCCUUGCCUUUGUUGCGGACAGAAAUUAAAAACCGUUGAGCACAGUUUGACAGACAUGGAGAACAUUGUGGAAAAAUGGGGUGAAGACGAAAAGGAAUUCAUAAAAAACAAAGGCUUCAGCAAAUAUGAUCAUUGCACUUGUGAGAAAAAUGCUGGGAUGGAAUGUGUCUUUUGUGCCAUAAAUAAAAUACGAGAAAAGAAUGAAUCGGUAGGUUUCCAACAUUACGUGAAACGAGACCUUGAGAAGUCUCGAAAUCAGGUGGAUGACGUUUGCAAAGAAGUAUUAUCCAAGCAUGUUGGUGCCGUAGAGCGCGAUGAGCACGGGAAACUGAUUAAGUCCCACCCAGACGAUACACCGAAACUUUCAAAAAUGCUGGAAUGGCUGAAAACCAAGUGUUCCUUCACAUCCAAAAAACAGCUCGAAUGCAUCACUCAACCCAAGGUGAAACGCUUGAACGCUGGCUCCGAGAAGCAAAGGAGAUCCUCUGGCAUUCCUCAGUCAAAAUUAUCUGUAGCGAAAGAAAGAAAAAAUGUUGCUAAUGAUUCGAAGAGGAACAGCCUCAACAACGAAUUAAAACACACCCGAAAACCUAAGCAAGCAAAUACGGCUGCUAAUGCAAUGAAGCAAGCAAUUCCACCGGAAAAGCCUAGUAAAACCGGGAAGAGAAAUAAACUACAUGAAAAUCGUACCUCGAAGGAUAUGAAGGAACUCAUAAAUAUGAGCUUCAAUGAGUGUGAUGAGUUGCAGAAGACAUCGACACGCAUAAGCAAGGAGUGUAUGUUGAAUAAAAUAUUGGAUCCGAAGUUGAAGAGCGCAAUUCAACAAUUAUGUGAUUAUGAGCCAGCACAGGAAUGGGCUAAACCCGUAUCAAAACCUCUCACCAAGAAACAGUAUAUCAAAAAAAUGGUACGCAGAUACGGCAAAAGGUACAGCUACUCAGCAAAAAUCAGACCAGUUCAUGCAUCAGAGCGACACCAACAUUGUAUCAAAAAGGAGCCGUAUGUUCCCCCAAAAAUGGGUUGGCUAUGGAAUUCAGAAAACCCUGAAGCACAGAAAGGAUGGCGUCCUGGACGGUUGAAGAGAUCUAUCCGUGAAUUGAUGCAAUAUUUCCUCGUAGAGUUCCCUGUUGAUAACCUGCCAACAACGAAAGAGUGGAAAGCGCUACGGCGACCAAGGGUAGAGGAGCCUCCGGAAGAUUUGACUCAAAAACCAACAAUCAUAAUCGAUAAAAAGGAUGAUAAAUAUUUGGUCACUAUGAGGCCUCUAAAAGAUGCUAGGUCAUUACAGACCAGCGCCAAUCCUUACGCUGAUGUUCCGCCUAUACAGUUCCAAAUUAGUAAAAAUGAAGUUGACCUUAGACGAAAACAAGCCAAACAACACCUGAAGAGCAUGGGUUUCCUAAAGUGUACUUGUGGCCAGCCAGUGUCGUCGUGCACCUGCCGAAGUUUCAUGGAAAAGGAGCGCCUUGAUAAAACUAUACAGAGUCUGGCGACUCUGCUGAAAGUCGAUGACUUGAAACAUAUUGUUUGCUUGUCAGACACGACUGAUAGUGAUAGCCAGGUUCAUCUGGAGUUUGUACCUCCUGGAGGAAUAGUGAAGCCCCACCUAAGACCUAAAAGGUUAGAAAGUCAAGGGACACAAUACGAUGCAAAUGAUUUUGCCACGAAACGCCGAAUUCGAACUAAUGAAAUGAUUCUUGCGGAACAUGCGAAGAAAGUCUCUCAGAAGUUUUGUCCUGGUGUGAAAAACAUUGAACCUUGUCUGCCGAAAGUUUUAGAAAAGAGCUUGCCGAAACGCCGGGUUGAACAAGUAAAAGUAGAAAAAUUAACAAAAGAAGAAGAGAACCAAAGUAUGAAGAAAGCAAAUGGAAAACUCAAACCAGUGGAGAAGCAAGAAUCGAUUGAUGAGGUUGAACUUCCCACAACUGGAUUGAAAUCUCCAAUUCCAGGAUUGCACUAUGCCAAAAAUAAAGGGAAACUUCAGAGCAGAGUAAAACAAAUGAAUGUUAAUCCGAAGAGUCGAGUUCGUGGUGGUGAAGAUAUCCCACCUGAAGGAAGGGAUGUGAACAUUCAAAGUCAUCGACGCGUAGGUCGAGGCUUUAAAAAAGAAAAAAUACACCGAACGCAGAGCCCAACACAAGGUAGAUCAAGGAUAACAAAACCACUCAAUCGCUGGGAACGAAUGAAACGAAAACGUCCAGUUCGUCCACCGUGGGAUGACUCCCUAUACGUACCACCACCAAUACGUUGUGCCUCACCUCAACGACUCACCGCCCGCAAUAAUAGAUCUCCGUGCCGUCGGUCAUCCCCUCAGAGGAAUUAUCCUUCGAAAAAUAACAAAAAUUUUCAAAAUCAACAAAGAUCCGCUCGAUUUCGACAACAGAAACACAAAGCAUGUAAUACGGAAGAUUGGCAAACUGAAGAAGUGCCAAAAAUAACUCCGGAGAAAGUACCGAAGUCGACCUACCAUAGACAUUGUAUGAAACCGGUUAAAACGCUGAAGGAGGUGAAGACUAAUGCGAAUCAAGCGAUUCCGGUCCAAUAAUUUCAGCUAAAUAUUAAAUAACAGAACCUGAUGUAUAAAAAAAACAUUAAUUUGAAAAAAUCAUCA